AAUGCAUGAAUAAUUAAUUUCUGCAUAAAAUAAUACAUAAACUCCUCCUCAUAAGUAAUCCAUAUAUUACUAAUACCUUCAGCUACCAAACACCCCUAAUGAUAUUCCAAUGAACCGCUUCUUCCACUACUUAAUAGAAAGCAUUCCCUGAGUACUCCUACUUAUUACUAGUAUCCUAUUUUGAGGUUCUUUCAUGUAUCAUAAAAUCUUACGUACCCAAAACUUGCUCCUUUUACUAGCUGAAACAAAGAUCACUAACGUUUGCUCGGAUUUAAUUUAGAAGGGUUGCUGGAAGCUGAUAUCUGCACUUUACCCUGAAGAAAUCAGGUGUAGGUGGAGGUGGAGCUGAAUUUUCAUACGAAUAUCCCAUCCGUCUUUUCUCCCUUGUGGAACUUUCACUUGUCUUCUCAUUUCUCAGAAGUUUUGCAGGCUAAAAAUGAUUGAAGGCGUUGAUACGGCUAUUGAGAUCCUAACGAAGGUAUUGGUUGACAAAGUUGAUGCUCAAGUUAAAUAUGUCCUUGGAUUUGAACAUGAGUUUGAGACUAUGAAGGAAAAUCUUAAAACUUUGCAAUCAUACCUCAAUGACAUGGAGAAGCACAAAGACAAGUACAAGACUGUUGAGGAUGCCUCUGCUAAAUUACGAGAACUGAUUUAUAGAAUAGAUGACCUGGUCGUUGACUGCCAAAACCGAGCAGAACAUGAGAAGAUGAAAAACAAUAAUUGGUCCUCUAUUUCUCCACGUGGACUGUAUUUCCGUAAUCGGGUUGGAAAGAGUUUGGCAGAAAUCAACAGGGAAAUAUCGAUUAUGAUUGACAAAACUUUCAAGGUCAUUUCCCCAGUGAUUGACCUAUCUAAAAGUGAAGAAGUUGGUAAUAGUGAUAGUGGCAGGGAGCUAUGGACACCAGACACUAUCGCUGAACCCUUUGGCUUAGCUCAAGAUACCAGCACACUGAAAGAGUGGAUACUUCCUUGCAAUGGAUCUUUAAAACUAAUUGGCAUUGUGGGGAUGGGAGGUCUGGGUAAAACCACACUUACCCAAAAGUUUUACAACGAUAGAGUAGUGUGUUCACGCUUUAGCAUGAAAAUUUGGGUUUGUAAAUCGACUUUAGAUGAGCUUGAGACCAUGAAGAGAAUUCUUCAGCAGCUGGAAAUGGAAUAUCAUGAGUCAGAUAGAAAUGUGUUGUUGAGGAGAAUUCGUGAAGCGCUUAUAAAUAAAAAUUACUUAAUUGUCAUGGAUGAUGUGUGGAGUAUUGUUGGCGGAUGGUGGAACCGGAUCUUUGAAGGACUGCCCAAAUCAGAGAACCAGUGCAGCUGCAUCAUUAUUACAUCUAGAAAUGAAGAUGUUGUUAAGAGAAUGGGAGUCGAGAAAGAACGAAUUCACCAACCCAAGCCGCUCUCCGACAAAGAGGGCUGGUCGUUAUUUUGCAAGGCUGCCUUCAAGGGAGAAUACAAGGAUCCUGAACUAGAACGUGUGGGAAAAAACAUUCUGAAAAAAUGUGGUGGUCUUCCCCUAGCAAUCAAGACAAUUGGAGGCUUGCUUUCAUCGAAACUUCAGUUGCUUUCUGUGUGGCAGGCGAUAAGUGAAGAUUUGCCUCAGAUAUUUGCAGACGAAUGCAACAGCCAUGAUUCCUUAUUGGCUACUCUCCAACGAAGUUAUGAUGACCUUCCUCUCAAGUUGAAGCGGUGUAUUCUAUGUUUUGCAAUUUAUCCGGAGGAUUACGAGAUAGAGUUUGAUCAACUGGCAAAUUGGUGGAUUGGAGAAGGAUUCGUUUACCAAAAAGGAAAAAAAAUUGCAAGAAAAAUGGCUCUUGAAUGCUUAUCAGAACUGAUCAGUCGAUGCCUGGUUGAAGCGGUGAGAAAAAGAAACUAUGACGGGAGAGUCUACAGUUGCAAAAUGCAUGACAUGAUUCGGGAAAUGAUAAUCAAAGUUGCAAAAGAAGAGAGCUUUUGCAGUUUAGAUGGGAACAAUGCAAACAUAGCCACAAUCCACUCUCGCCGUUUGGGCGUGACAAAUGAAACAUUGUUGCAGCCCUUGGAUGGAAACUCAAAGUUAAGGGCACUUCUUCUCACCAAAGCCAAUUGCAUUGGCUUCACUAGGAAGGUUGCAUUAGCCAAAGUCAAGACUCUCCGGGUUUUAGACCUCUCCCACGUCAAGUUUGAGAAGAGUUCCGAAUUUUGUGAAAAUGAUAUGUGGCAUUGGAUCACAUCCUUGAAACGCCUAGCUUAUUUGAGUUUUCAAGAUGUGGCAAACUUGACUAAAUUGCCACGAUCCGUCAAAAAGUUAUGGGGCCUACAAAUUUUGGUACUUGCUGAAUGCAAGAACCUCAAACAGCUCCCAAGAUCAAUCACUUCUCUUCCAAAGUUGAUCGUCUUGGAUGUGGGGAAUUGUACCUCUCUUUCUUAUCUACCACUUGGUCUCUCCAAACUCUCACAUCUUCAAGAGUUGUAUGGCUUCAAGAUACCUGAUACAACAACACCAAAUGCAUGUCACUUGCGUGAUCUUAAGGGUCUGAGAGAACUUCGAGUACUACAAUUGGAUGUCAUGGAUGGAAGCAUGAUAGAGGAAGACGAAUUAACAGUACUCGAACAAUUUCAACAGCUAAGGAUGCUUGUUAUUAAUGCUGGUGACCAUAAAGAUAAAGUUUUCUUAGAGAGGCUGAACAAGAUGUCACCACCUAAAUCUCUCGAAGAAUUGUACCUAAGGCACUUCAGUGGAAACACUACCCCAGAAUGGAUAGCCCCUGAAUUGUUAGAUCGAUUGCAAUACCUUUGUAUCGAAGAGUCCAACAUGCUACAACAUAUGAGCGAUCGUUUCAGGGGUAGUAAAGGAAAUAAAUGGAAAAUAGAAGGGCUGUGCUUGAAGUUCUUGCCAAAACUAGAGGAGACAUGGGAAGAAAUCAAAAGUGCAAUGCCUGGGCUAAAGUAUGUCGAUGUAAGCCACUGCAGCUCGCUGGAGUCGUUCACUUGUCCAGUUAAGAACAUAGGAUUUUGGAGAAAACCAGAGGAAGAAAAUGAAGAGCCAGAUGUUGUUUCACUCAUGGAAGAACACCAUCAAUGCCAUCACGCAGACGACAUGAACUAGUCCAUUCACCAGCAUCAUUCCAAUCUCUCAGUGUUCAGUUUGUGACAUUGUUUGCUGUCAUUUAUGUUGUCAUAAUACUUGUAUUAUAUUGUACUUACUUUGAUGCAUUUCUCAUUUCACUUUUGAUAUGUAACAGUAUUGUAAGUAGCUUUCACUGGAAGGUUUCUGUCGUGAUAUUUAGAGUAGUCAUAUGUGUGUAUGGAAUAGCCAGUGUUGCAAUAACAUUUGAGAGUGGUUUUGUUGUA